UGUCAUUUCGGGUGACACCUUAUCCCGAAGCGAACAAAGCGAGUUAUGUCGUUGCAUGCGUGUCCUCGAUAACUGUUUACCGAGUGAUAUUUGGACUGGUUUACUCAUUAGAUUUCUAAUGCUAGUGUCAAACGAAGUUUGCCUGUGUCAUUGGCUGUUUGAGUGCGUUUUUUUGUGAAGCUCUUACAAGGUAAACUCAAGAUUUCACAAUGCCAAUGGCUUUGACCGGUUCUUCGUCAUCAGUAAAAGAUAAAAGGGGUUACAAAAACCUUCAAGAACUGUUACUGUUACACAGACGCUAUGAAGAAAAGGCUGUACGUAUAUUUAGAAAAGGAUUAUCCGACGUAAACAGAGGUGAUCAGAGACACGCUACUAACAAGACACAGACCGGUAAACAGCUAGCGAAUCCAGCGACAGGCAGUGGAUUAACAGAAGAAACGCGAACACAACGCAAGAAACCUUCAUCAAAUCUGCACUAUGAGGACUUAUCGAAACCGAUUUAUCUUAAUGAUCAGGAGUAUUUGAAACAGCUACUUCUAAAAAGUGAGGCUAAUGGCAAAAUUUUUGACGAGCACAAUGUGACUCACUCCGAAGAUCGUGCUCAACUUAUAUUACCGAAAUUGGAGGGAAUACCGCCAGAAAAUAAAGAAAUAUUUUACACAACGCUUCCAAAAAUGCCGCCGUUGCCAAAAAUCAAGGACAGUAAAUUUAGCUCGGUUAAACCGCACAGAAAGAAGGCACACGAUCGGCAACUUUCUCGACGCGACGAGCCCAGCACGUUUGCAGCAGAAACUUGUUUAACCGUUCGACAGUUGCCUAGUGACCACUUUAUGCUUCACGACUCGUCUUCAAUAUCAGCCGUUUCACAAUUUCCACGUAUCUCACCGCCGCGAGAAAUAGACCUCUCUUCGGAGGCAAUAACCACUGACGAAGGACAUCUUUGGCUAGUGCCUUUUGUAAAUAUUGAAAUUCCACCCUAUCGUUUAGCAAAAUGGAAUGAACUUGAAAACGGAAGUUCUUCGACGGAGGGAGUUAGACACAAAGAAGCCGCGCAAAACGGUGUCAGUUCAGAUAAAAGGGAAAUCGAAGAUUCGCAACCAAAAUAUAAAAGAAACGUACAUUUCAGUGAAUUUCUUCACGAAAUUCAUCUUUAUUCUCCCAUCUCAACACAGAGCAUUAAGUCGGCGAAAGAAGAUGGAAACGAUAUCAAUAAUUUAUGACUGUUGUCGUGAAAUAUUUAAUUAAGGUAAAAUACGACAGUUAUUUUGUAGUGUGUGCUGUCGAGAGAAAUAUUAAUAUAAAUAUCGCCCUAAUUUCCUCAUAAAGUAUGUUUUUAGUGAGUAACAAACUUUUCAAGACCUUAUUAAUUUACGGCUCAUUUCUAUUAGUUCUUAGAAGUCGCUGAAUAUCAGAAUUUUAUUCAAUAAAAUUAAUUACCAGUUUACUCAGUUGAAGAAACAAACAUGCUAAUUGUCUUCUCUCAUUCUAUAGAACUAUAAUACUUUUUAUGGCUAUACUUUAGGUAAAUUAUUCGCUUUGUGUAAGAAAGUUUCAUUCCAUAUAACUAUCCGCCGCCCUUACAAAACUGCAUGUAUUAUGAUGAAAUGAAUCUAAUUUUAUCGCGUGACUGUUUUUUGCAAUAAAUUAAUAAGAAUUGUUA